AUGACCCAUCUGGUAGACCCCAGUGGUGGACCAACUGCGCCAGGUGCGGCUGUGCGCGUGUUUUUGUUUCUGGUCUCAGCUGUUGGUCAGGGUUAUGAUUGGCUGAAUGAAGGCAGAAUAAGCCCGAAACAGUACUGUAUCAAUCUACCCGCAUUAUCUGUCGUCCUUCCUCGCUAUUAAUCAGGAGUUGGCAGGUGAAUAAGACUGACAGUCACAAAUGCGGCAUCCUCAAGAGUGGUUUUGAAAAAUUGUCGUAAGUAUAGUCGCUACUGAAGUGAGGUAAUUCUUCUUCCGCCACUCCUGUUUGCUUAACUGAACAAUCCCAACUCGUGCAGCCGCCUUUGCAUGUGAUCGUCCUCUUGAGUCACAGAAUAUAUGCUGUCUGCCACGUUCGACCUCUUUGGGUUGCGUUGGAGUUGACGGACAUCGUCUACAUUCUCCUUGUUAAAAGUGGGAUCAUUCGGGUGGGAUUCGGGUGAACGAAUGUUGCUCCGAGUUGUGCUGCGGGUCUAGCAAAAGCUACAGAGACUCCAUUACCAUAUUCAAUGCUGCAGCGUGGCCCAGGCUUCUGUAAUAUAUUUCGUCCCUCAUUAAGUAUACUUUUGGACACUCCUUCGUUCCUGUGAACUCUUGGGAGUAAGUUAAUGUCGGAUGUUCGGGCUGGUCGGAUGCGGCGCAGCGUGCUUCUACUCACAAGCAGGCAUUCAAACCCGUCUGUAGUGAGGAAGAUAGUCACUUUCCUAGCUUGGUAUUUUCACUCCGGCAUUUUUUUAGCUAUCAGACGACGAGAUCGAUUGCUCAACCAUCAUAAACAUCAACCAAGCCAUGCUACCUACGCCUACUCCGUUUUAAGGCCGAGAAGACAUUGAAAAAGACGAUGAAACUCCUUGAUUCUAUUUUGACAUUUUUCAGAUAAGAAAGCCCGAAAGCGAAUAAACCGCAGCAUCUUAACCUGGAAUCAGGCUCAGAGCCGCACCUGUUGGGGUGUCCUCAUUCUCAUGGGAGGAGGAUUCGCUCUGUCUAAAAUUGCUUCAGUAAGUUGCCUUGAAAAACUACUCGGCCUCGGGUUCAAAUGACCACUUCCUUGUGCAGUUUCAUGCACAAAACGCAGCUCUGGCUUUGUUUUGAAGCAGCCGAACGCUUCAAUACGAAUCCAGUAGGGUCCUGAUGACGUCCGCAAUGGAGAGCGACUGUCGAUUCAGUCACACUUUUCUCCAUCAGAGCAGUCGGGGUUAAAUCCCACCUUCUCCUAGAACCUUACAGAUUUGAAACCCUUUUCUAGACUCAGGAAUUACUUAAGGAAGAUGCUUUGACGCUUUAAAGGUAGUCUGUAGUGGCGAAAUUGCUAGUACUUCUUCUAUCAUGUCCUUUAGCCAAUAGAAGGAUGUUGCUUUGCAGAAAUUCCCAUUUUGAAACAGUGAAGCAUGUAUAAGUUUAUUCUGUGGCCAUGUUUUGUCACCAACCGUCCCAGGAAAGUAGGCAUAUGAGUUUCGCCCACGGAAUAAUUCUCAUCAACAUUGUGACCAAGUAUCGUGUCGUGCUUACGCUACAUGCAAAUUCGGUUUUAAUAACUGCAAUGACAUACGGACAUGUUGGCAAUAGGAGACCAAAGCGCCAAUAACCGCAAGCCUAGAAACGCCGAUAUCGUCGAAUAUUUCUAAUUUCCGAGGCGACGAUCGGGUGAAUGACCCCAAACACACAUGACCAGCCAAAGGUGCCUGUCUUACGGGAAAAGGCGGUGAUAGGGGUUUUACGGGCGGGGCAUAUGUAUGCAUAAAGGAAUGGCAAAAUAAGUAUAGAUAAUUGGUAAAUUUGUUUUUCGAACGUAAAGGUUUUAAUGCAUUGGCACAUGGCAAUCGAAAUUAAGCAGGACAAUUAAAAAUAAACAUUAAGUGUCUACAACAAUCGCUUCUCAACUCUCCGAGCUGAGGUCAUUGUAGAUAAUGUACCAGACUGUCUUUAACAGACGACCCAACCUUGUACGAUGAAAGACCAAACCAAAAUAAUCGUGUCGGACUAAAACCCACUUAAAUAAGUAUAGGAAGUUUUCAUUGCACGCCACUGAUGCUUGGGGGCCUUCACCCGAUCCUUACAAUUUCCGAUUGAGCUUUAAGCUCUACUCAAUUAGCUGGGCAAUACUCAUGACUGACUGCUCUAUGCGCUAAUUUCUUAGCUCUCGCUCUGUCCGUCACGAUGCAGACUGUUCGGCUGAUGAUCAGUAAGCGUCUGUUAAUCGGGUUAACGAUUUUAGCUCCUACACAAACGUUCCGUCAGUUUUGCAGCCAACAUAUGAGAUUUUCACAGGCGGUCGGGAUGUCUUUCUCACUUUUGACCGAGAUAAUCUGGGUUCUUAUGCAAGACUCAUACUGACCUCUCUGGAGCGUAUGGGAUAGACUCUCGCCACAGACUCCUGCGCUGCCGUCCGGAUGACUGCGUAGCAGUGCUGACCAGCUACCAUCAGCCCUCUCUCUCCACACUCACUGACCGACAGACCUUUUUUUCUUUUUCUUCUCGCGUAGGUCGGUGGUCUGUCAAAACUUAUAAGUGGAUCCCUAGAAGUUGUCCGAUCAGUCCAACCAUUCGGUCUUGUCUACCUGAUUACGUUCUUUGGAGCUACCCUGACCGAGGUAGUUUCGAACUCCGCCACGGUUACAAUCUUGGUUCCCAUCAUGUUUGACUUGGUAAGUCCAAAGACGUAUUUUCCCUAAUUUUGCUCAAAUGUCGUAUGUUUUCCAUAUUAUGUGUGGAAGGAAGCAUUAUCAUUGUAACGAAUACGGCUGCGGUGGUAGGGUAUUAAUCCAAAUAGACAUUCACGCAGGGGGUUUGCAGAUGGCGGUUGUCCAUCUAGAGCAAUUACAGAUAUCCAGAAAUUUGCAGUCGAUUUUUUGCCGGCAGGGAUUUCUGUUACUUUUUCCUAUAAUUGUUCAGAAUUCGAUCGGGCAGCAAAGGACUAGAAACGCAUGAUUUUAUACUCCCCACACUUAACCAAAUUUUCGCCUGCAAAUAACUUAACUGUGAAUAAACUUUUAUCUAAGGCCAAGUCAAUCAAUGUCCAUCCGUUUCUACUGAGUCUUCCACUGACCGUCGCAACUUCGCUCGCAUUCAUUUUGCCCGCGGCUACUCCGCCUAAUGCAAUCGUCUACUCCAAGGGCCGGGUCAAACUCCUCGACAUGGUACGCACGGCAAAUUUGAGCUUAUGUACUUCUAAAUGGGUCUCUUUUCUUACGCGUUGUAAGAAAUGAUGUUUUCUUAUGCAUCCCACGAAAAAGGGCCUUUAAAAUGACUUAUGGAUAGGUUAUGCGCUCCUUAAAUGCGUAGAAGUUAAUUUCAGGACUUAGGAACAACUGUAAGAACGGAAAUAAUAGAACAAUGAUGGAAUAUAUUUAUAUGUAUAUUUAAAUUUAUUUCUAUACUACGUUCUUGGCAUUCUUAUUUGAUAUGUACACCUGGUAUCUGUUUACAUUACUUUGCAUAUUUUCGUUCUAGGCGAAGGCAGGAAUCAUUUUGAACAUAGUCACGCAGCUUAUCGUUGUUGUAUGCACCAUGACCUACGGAAUGGUGUUAUUCCAGAUGAACGAAAUUCCUUCCUGGGUUUAA